GAGCCGGGGCGGGCCGUGCGACAAAGCCCAGUGCGCAGAAAGCUGGUGACCAGGAAGCACAACAGCGCCGGGCUGCCGCGGGGCGGGCGGCGGGCGGACCCCAGCUGAGCCCCCGCUGCCCCCCAGCUCCCGGGGCCCCCCGGGGCUGGGAGCCGAGCGCUGCCGUGCCCUGCCUUGCCCUGCCGGGGGUCGGGGCGGCUGCGGAGCGUGUGGGGGAAGGAGGGAGGGCGGCCGGGCUGCCACUAAGCCGCUUAGGGCCGGGGCUGGCAUGAGCCUCCCCGGCGGGGCGGCUGCGGGCUGCGCGCUGCGGCGGGGAGGCUGAGGGCGCCCAGCCGCCGGCGGCGGGGUCCGGCGGAGAAGGCGGAGGGGAAGCCCCGCUCGCCGGGGCCGGGGGGGAAGAUGGGGAACUGCCUCAAGUCCCCCACGUCGGAUGACAUCUCGCUGCUCCACGAGUCGCAGUCGGACAGGGCCAGCUACGGGGACGGGGCUGAGCCGGAUCAGGAGCCGCCGCCGCCAUAUCAGGAGCAAGUCCCUGUUCCUGUUUAUCAUCCGACCCCUAGCCAGACUCGGCUAGCAACACAGCUGACAGAAGAAGAACAAAUCAGAAUAGCGCAGAGGAUAGGCCUUAUUCAGCAUCUACCUAAAGGAGUCUAUGAUCCUGGGAGAGAUGGCUCCGAGAAGAAGAUCAGAGAGUGUGUCAUUUGUAUGAUGGACUUUGUUUAUGGGGACCCUAUCCGAUUUCUGCCGUGCAUGCACAUUUACCACCUGGACUGUAUAGAUGACUGGUUGAUGAGAUCCUUUACCUGUCCAUCCUGCAUGGAGCCAGUGGAUGCAGCACUGCUUUCAUCCUAUGAGACUAACUGAGCCAGGGUUUCUCCACUGAACCUUCAAGAAGGCCAUCCACUUUAAUGGGUUUGAUCCUUUUGUCAUUCAGCCCAAAGAGCCAGGAAUUAGGAAUUAAGAUCAUGCACAAAAUAUACAUUUCCUAAUAAAUACAUUAAAAAAAAAAUAUUUCUGAAUGGCUGCAAAUAUUGGAAAAAAACCAUAGUAUUUUAGAGACUAUAGAAAAAGUAGGUUGUUAUUUUUAAUGUAAAGCCUUGACCCACCAUUGUCUUUUAAUGUUUGUUCUUACACCCAUAUAUAGGAAUUGUAAAGUGUUACAGCAACUGUAAAUGUUUAAACUGCGUGUAUCCGAUUUUAUUAGCAGUAAGAUAAGAGUAUUUUUUUUCCUAAAUAAAGUAACUUUUUUUUUGGAUUCUUUUCACAAGUCCUGGCAUUUGGGUCAAGGCUUUAUUAAAAUCUACAUUUUAUAACACUGGCACAAAGAAAUAGUUUUAAGCUUGUUUGCACAGUUCUUCUUUUCUUUUUUUUUUCUUUCCAUUGGAGAUGGAAUUCAUUGCCUUAGGUCUUUUUAAUAGUGUAUUGUUAUUGUUGGGCUGGCUCUGUGCUUGAAAACCAGUUUAUUUAUAACCUGUUAAAAGUGCUAUAUUUUGUUUGCAGUUAGGAAUAUGCAGACUUCAAAGUGAUCUCCUAGCUUGUAAGCAAACUGAGAUGCAUUAUCCCUUUUCUGCAAGUGAUGCUGGAUAUGAAGAUACGAAACUGGUCCUACAAAUUAAAUUAUGGUAUUAUGGUUUUUAUAACUUGCUUCGGUUUUGAUGAAACAACAGUCCUUACACUUGCAUGUCUACUUUUUACCUUGAUCAAGUUAAAAGUGGGACAGAUGAACAAUAAAUAGUUAAGCUACCAUAAUUGGAAAAAGAUAUUUGGAACUAAUGUAGCAUUAGCACUGAUCACUUACUCUACUUUUUUCUCCCUAAAAAUGGUUGUUUUUAAUCACAGGAAAUGGAUACUGCAUCUCUUGUUCUUGUAGUUCUUAGGUUAUCAGAAGUUAAGAAUAAACAUACUGUAUCUCA